AUGACCGCGCUCAAAGGCCAAACAUGCAAACAGGAAUCGCAACUGCAGUGUCCCCUGGAUGAAGAGUUUCUCGUGAAGUUCCUGCGUGGCCGCAAGUACCGCGUGGAAGAAGCAUUCGAGAACAUCCGGAAGUAUUUCCGCGUCCGGUUGGAGCACGCGGACAUCUUCGAUAACCUACUGCCAUCACGCAUCAUGUUUGACGCAAUAUUCCACCAAAACAAGCUGGUGACUCUUCUCAAGAAACCUGAUUCUCUGGGAAGGGGGAUUCUCUUAGCAAAAUUUGGUGCCUGGAACCCGACAGUUUGCCCGCUGAACGAGUACAUCAGAGCAAACCUGGUUGUGUCAGAAUGCGGUCUGCUGAAUAAAAUGGCCCAAAUUGCAGGCGUCGUGGGCGUGGCAGAUCUGGAUGGGCUCAAGAUGUCUCACCUCCUUUACUACACGCCAUCGGAAAUCAAAAAGAUAAUCAAGCUUAUCCAGGUAUCGUCACCAUUUUGCAUGCAGGAAUGCUACCCUCUGCGAAUAAAGGGUAUCUACGUCGUAAACAAUCCUGCAUUCUUUGAGCUCUUGUUCGCUGUGGCGAAGUUGUUUCUCAAACCCAAGCUUCUGAAGAGGGUUCGCUUCAUUGGACGCGACUACGAGAAGCUCCAUGAACUCAUCCCUCGUGACCGACUACCCGAGGAGUACGGUGGUACCCUGGACCCCUUCGACUACGAAGAUUACGAGAGAAGCUUGCGAAGUCAAGAGAAGUAUUUUGUACAGCUUGCCAGAUACGGCUACAGGGAAAGGCAUUCGCAGAAUGAAUCGAGCGAUUCAGAGCGACGAGAUCGUUAG